AUGAACAUUUCAAGCACACAGGCAAUGAUCCUAGAGGAGUUCGAAGCACACGUGCACGACGACUAUGUGCCACGAGGCAACACGGCGCUAUUCCGCUGUCACGUUCCCAGCACGCUGCGACAAUACCUCAGCGUCUCCUCGUGGACCACGGAGGACGGCCUGGUGAUCGGAAGGCACGAGACGCAGUCGCCGACCGAACUCGGCCCCAAGUACCGGGUGACUUCAGACGGCGACCUGUGCGUGUUCGGGGCGACCGACGUCUCUGACGCAAGACAUCGUUACCGCUGUCACGUCCGACACCGACUGACGGGGGACAUCCGGCCCAGCGUCAGCGCCGGCAGCCUUUUCGUCACGGAGCCCAACGGAAAGCUGGCACCGCGUAUCGUGAAAGGCCAGGCGUCGGUGGAGGCCGCGCUGGGCGAGGACGCCGAGAUGCCGUGCCUGGCACGCGGUCACCCGGCGCCCACCACCCGCUGGUUCCGGCGCUCAACGCGUGGCACGUUGAGCCCCGUGCGGUCGGGCUCGCUGCAUCUUCCGGGCGCAUUGCUCCUACGCGCUGUCAGGGAAUCGGACCAGGGUCGUUACACCUGCCUGGCCAACAACAGCGUAGGCGAAGACCGCACUGACACCGAGCUGCUCGUCAGACCGAAUGCUAGUGUCAUCGUGCUACCAGAGGAGGCCAGGGUUGACCUCGGCCGAGCGGUGACGUUCAACUGCUCAGCGCGUGGCUUCCGUGGAGCGGUCGCCUCCACCUGGUGGGUGCACGAUGGGACGCCCCUCAAGACAAACCCUCCGCGCGUGUCGCUGCGUUCGGACGACCAGCGACUGCACAUAGCCAGCGUGAUGCGGGAGGACGCAGGCAUUUACCAGUGCUUCGUGCGCUACGGGGAUGCCACGGCUCAGGCCAGCGCCCAGCUCCGGCUGCGCGAAGUCCACUCAAAGCGGAGCGUGCAAAAUCGCGUCAGCCGGCGCUGGAACGGCCAGAACAGCUACCUCAAGUCGAGGAAAGAGACACCUCCCGAGCUGAAGGCGGUGUUCGCGCACAAGCUGGUCGAUCUCGGCGAGCGAUUCUCACUACGCUGCGUGGCCUCUGGCAACCCUCUACCGCGCGUCACAUGGGCGCUGGACGGAGGCAUGGUGGGUGAGAGCCACAGGGUGCACUACGGUGACUUCGUUAGCUCGGCGGGUGAUGUCAUCAGUUACGUGAACGUGACGUCGUCGACGCGCGACGACGGGGGCCUGUACCGGUGCGAGGCCUCCAACGACCUGGGCACCGUGUGGCAUGAAGACCGCAUCGACGUCCGGGGUCCGCCGCGAGUGCGGCCCAUGGCCAACCUGACCGUGACGUCGGGCACCACACUGGUCUACCACUGCCCGUACACGGGACACCCAGCACCGAAAGUCACGUGGAGUCGAGGCGGGAGAGAUCUACCACACAACGAGAGGCAGCGUGCCUUCGAAAACGGUACCAUUGUCAUCACUGACGUUACGCGGGAGUCUGACGAAGGCGUCUACACAUGCCGUGCUGCGACCCCUAAGCAGGAAGACAGCAAAGAUCUUAACGUAAAAAUAAUCAAAAAGACGGUUCUGAACCCGUUCAGCUUUCCCAAGACGCUGGCCGAAGGAAUGCAGGUGGUGAUCACAUGCUCUGUCCGCUCUGGCGACACGCCCAUCAAGAUCUGGUGGCUCAAGGACGGCGUGCCCUUCAGCAAGACCCAGCUGAACAUCCAAGAGGCAUCGCUGGGAGACCUCGGCUCAAACCUAGUGUUCAACGAUGUGGGCCGUGCGCACAACGGGCGUUACACUUGCGUCGCGGAGAACGACGGCGGAAUCACGAACCACACGGCCGAGCUUGUCGUAUUCGUACCGCCGAAAUGGAAGAUUGAACCGAGCGACAAGUCCAGCAUCGUCAGGUCGAGGGUUACUUUUGACUGUCAAGCGGAGGGCCAUCCACCACCACUCAUUCGAUGGAAAAUAGCCCUCGGAGACGAUGCGGGAAAGGCGUUUAAAUCCAUAAUCAGCAAUUAUCAUAUGCAGAUGUUCGAAAACGGUUCUCUCAUUAUCAACGACGUCGAGCCCAAGGAUGCCGGCCAGUACCUCUGCGAGGCGACGAACGGAAUCGGCGUGGGAAUCAGCACCGUCGUUCGGCUCUCGGUUCACGUGGCCGCGCAUUUCAAAGUAAGCUACCAGGCUCUUCGCGUCAACAAGGGCGAGCAAGCCCGGCUUGUGUGCGAAGCCUUCGGAGAAAAACCACUCACAAUAUCAUGGAAGAAGGACAACAUGAUCCUCGAUCAUCGCUACAUAUCAAGUUUUACCCAAGACGACACACCGACUCCGGACGGUCUGACUUCGACACUUCUCUUCGCUUCCACCGAAAGAAGUGAUUCUGGCCUCUAUACCUGCCUUACCACAAACAAGUUUGGAAAGGACGAAACGAACAUCAAGUUACUCGUGCAAGAGACGCCAGACGCACCGGACGACAUUCGAGUCGUGGAAGCGACCAGUCGACGUAUAUCGCUCCGCUGGAACACGCCUUUCAAUGGGAACAGUGACAUCCUCGGCUAUUUCGUUCAGUGGAAAGAAGUUUCUGGCUCGUGGCAGAAGGAUUCCCGACACGUAGAGGUACCCGGUUCCAACACGUCGGCUGUGUUGGAUGACCUGGAGCCCAUCACUGCCUACCAUCUGCGGGUACUCUCGGUUAACAAGUUUGGGAGGAGCGAACCAAGUCCCAUGAUUUCUGUUACUACGGACGAAGAAGUGCCUUCAAAACCUCCCGAGGACUUGGUUGUCGUGCCACUGAGUUCACAAAUUCUGAAGGCUUCGUGGAAGCCCCCUCCGAACUUUUCGGCUCACGGACGUAUACGCGGCUACUACGUCGGCUACAAGCCAGUCGGAUCGGGCGAGUCCUUCGUCUACAAAACGAUCGACGUCUUGGACGGCUUCGUUCCCGAAAUCAGCAUCAACAACCUGAAGCGUUCCACCAAAUACAGCGUCAUCGUACAGGCGUUCAACGGGAAAGGCGCGGGGCCGCCAUCCGCCGAAAUUACAGCUCAAACUUUCGAACACGAUCCCCCUCUUCCUCCUGUGAUCCACGUUGUGUCUACAUCGACAAGCGCUGUCACAGUCUCGUGGGAUGUGUCGUCGAAAGAAGCGAAGCCAAUCACAGGAUUUGUGCUGUACUGGAAGUCGGAGACUGGUGACUGGAGCGAACAAGGGGUGGACGGAGCGGCCACGUCGCACACGUUUCAAGACCUCAACUGCGGCACGCGCUAUCAUUUCUACGCGGUGGCCUUCAACGACGUGGGUCGCAGUGAGCCCAGCUCCAGCGUCAGUGCUACAACAUCUGGCGGAGCUCCCUUGGCACCGGAGAAAAACGAGCUUUUGUCGAGCAACUCCAGCGCCGUGCAGCUGAACCUGCGCUCUUGGAAGGACGGCGGCUGUCCGAUCCGCUUCUUCACUCUGCAGUACAAGCUGCGCGAAGAGAGGGGUUGGACGGCUGUGCCGGAGACCAUCGAUGCCGUGUCCUCCGACACCUACGCGCUCGGGGGAUUACAUCCGGGAUCGUGGUACCACCUACUCGUGUCCGCUACCAAUGACGCCGGCUCAACCGAGGCGCAGUUCGUCUUCGCCACGCUCACGUCCGGUGGAGCCACGAUACCACCGAUGACUCUGCACCCCGAAGAGAGCACGGCGUUUCCUCGGAGCGUGACCCUUGUGGUGCCCAUCAUCUGUGCCUUCGUCGUUGUGCUGGUCAUCGGUGCCGUAGUCUACAUGAUGUGCAACCGCCGCACCAGAACUCACGACUACAGCGCCACGGCUCAAGUUUCUGAGCGUGCGUGUGGCGGCGACAUGAAGGGUGACUCCAUUUCGAUGACGUCCGUUGGCAAGAAGGUGUACGAGGCACCGCGCGGCGACCCCCUCUACUUCCCCUCUCCCUACGCCACCACGCACAUAUCGGUGUACUCCGGCGACGCGGACUCGCCUUCGGGCGGCGCACACCGGGGUCAUCCGAACGCCGCCAUGGGGGGCGGUGGUGGCGGUGGAGGCGUUGCUGGCGACGGCGGUCCACUCACCGGUCGACCUGAACACACCUACGACGUGCCGUUCCCGCCCAAACAGUUUCCUGCGCAGAUGCCACGAGAGUUUGACGGAGGAGAUCCGCACUACACGUCCAUCUUCAGAACAAACCCAAAUGGCACAACUGAUGGUGAAGGCCAUUGGGACGAGCUGCUCCUAGAAAGAGCAUCAUACAAUGCCACCGAAGCGCGGUAUGAUCGGCUACCCAGGCAGCAUUUCAGCCUGUACGGACAAAAGGCCGAGCAGAAAUCUACAGAGAGGAUCUCAGAUGAAGACAGUAAUCCGGACGAAGGGGAGAACCGUGUCUUUGAAGGCAACGCUGCCACGUCGGAGAACUUAGAAAUGUCUGAAGCUGAAUGCGACAGAGACUUCCAGAUAUAUUCUAAAAAGGGUCGAAACCUCUCGCUCGUGCAGUAUGGAAAGACGAGACCCGUGCACGCCGUGUCCUAUGUGACGUACCAUUGAGACGCCGAGCUGAACUGAUUGUGCAUAUGGAUGAGAGAUUAUAGGCUGCGGCCCGCACGCCACUUGGAUUGUGGCGCGUCUUAAGAGCGGGCUCAUGCGAAAUCCCCAUGACAAAUGCUUCAGCUCAAGCCGACCCUACGUGCGGGUGCACGUGACUUCGAGCAUCGUGGUGGCGGCGACGACGCUACAGUGUGCUCACUCGCGAAAAGAAACAUUGUGAUAAGCGAAAGCAAGUGUUCAAGUGUUGUUGGAACCAGAGGCACUAACGUUCCUGUGUCCGCGGCCAGUGGAAGAAAGAGAAUAUAUAUACAGAGAAGAAAUCAAAAAAAAGGUACUUCUGUGAAGUUUGUGGAUGUUGUUGAGAGACGCUACGUUUAACCGAUUCCAGUGACCGGACGUGUGUUUUUAUCGUAUUUCGUUGUUUCAAAAAUGAACUCCCUUAAGACCCGCGAGUGCAGAACAGUGCAAGCUGCCGCCGUGAGAAGCGCCGCGCUUGCCUGCCAACGUUUGGGUCAUCAGAUGUGCUUCCAUAAAGACGACACGACGGCGCGCACCCACUUGUAAAAAGAAGACACAAGAAACAAACAAAAAAAAGACCCCGGUAAACUCUAGCACAAGGUGCUGAGCUUGUUCGCAGUUUGUUGAUUGACGUUUCAACGUUUGUACAACUUACCAGAAGCACAUGAACGAUUGUAGUAAACCAGAUCAUCUGUCUCAUGUAUAGUGACGUGUUGAACUACAAGUUUAGAGAUGGCAUUUCCGUACAAUCCGCGUGCGAAACAUGCACGAGAAGCGAGAGAAAAACCACCUCUGUUCGCUCUCAUCCCGCGCGAAUUUAUAUCGUGUUUUAGGGCUAACAAACAGACAUGCUUCCGUGAAUCUUUUCUUCUUACCGGAUGUUCUGCUCAAUUACGACGUCUUUUUGGUGCGAAUAUUGUUUGUAGUUGUAUGUCACCCCGAAAACAAAAGUGUUAUAUUUCCUUAUUACACUGUUAAGGAGUGCCGAUGUUCAGGAGGGGUUGGAAGCUUCAAGAGAUGAAAAACAGGCUUGAACAAGGGGUGUCGGCGUAGCAAACUUUUAGACAAGCGGUCUUGUCUUCUACAAAACAACAACUGCCCACCUGACUGCAUGCGCAUCUGAACGCGCCAACGUGGGCUGUUGUUGCCUUGAAGUAGACAAGACCACACCCCCUGUUCAAGUAUUUCUCAUCACUACUGGGCAGGUUUCACAUAAUUUAAAGGGGCACUAAAGUGGAACAAUGAAUUGGUUUAGAUUGAUAACUGUUGCUCUGAAAACUUUAACGUCGUUAAUUUCACCAUCACAGCUUUAAUGAUAAAGGAGAAAAUCAAGAUGAAAAUUUCAUUUUUGAACUUCGCGCCGAAAUCUCCGCUCUUGACGUCACGGAUUAGAAAGCGUACUUUACGUAUAUUGGUGGCAUUGGCUCAACGGGAUUCCAGGACACUUGGUAUGCUAAGUCUUCGGCCACCUCAGAGGACAAUGAACUUCAUUUUUUACCAAUUAGGAACUACGUAGGCCCUAGUUGACACCGUCGAGAUAUAUGACGUCAUGGCGAUUGGUGCGGGAAUUGCGAGGUGGCGUCGCCACCCGUAUUUUCUUCUUGCGCGUUUCUCGCUGAACACGCGUCUUCUCGCGGCAAGCGUGGCGAUUUUGGCAUUGUGAAAGAGUAAUCAUCUAAUACGACAAAAAUCGGCUGUUUCUUUAGUGUCCCUUUAAGUUCGUAUAAUUGAAGAGUGUUUUGUUAACUAUGUGCUACCUAUGUGAAAUGAGGGCCGGUGUGUACAGAGUCGGGUGGUUAAUGCCGUUUUGCGGACUCUAUACUAAACUUGAAAAGUUAAAAACUGCCAACUGUUGUAGACGCGUCGCUAACUGUCAGUUUCUAUAGUUCUAAGCGUUAUGCGAUGCCGUUGUGCUCAUGAAACGGACCAGUCCUAAGGAGAUUGGAGUUAGAAUCCCUAUACGAGCGCACUAGCUAUGACUUCAUGUCUGCACAUUGUAAUAAGAUAAAAUACCGCGCUUUGCGCGCAUGAAUGUUAAGAUGUUUACGAUGGUGUCUUUCAAUUUGUUACGUUUGUCAAUAUCGUGGACAUAGGCAGUGAGAUUAUACACUAAAGUGAUCAUGAUUUGAAUUUAUUCGUUUUUGCAUAAGAGAGCAUUGUCUUUCCAACUUCAGCGUACAGAGUGGAUGUUAAAGGUUUAAUAUGCGCAGCACUGUAGCAAGAUCGAUGACUUCCCAUCCAAAAUAAUUAAAUAAUGCUAGAUUUGGCCUUGCUUUUUAUGAUGCUGGCAGGUAACUGCUUUAUUAAGAGUACUGGACGACCUAACCCCAGUCACCGUCCCUUUAAACAAAUUAGUAUUUAUUUAUCUCCUAAUUAUUUAAAGCUUAACGCAAGUGACCUAAAUAAAUGUUUGAUUCCAAGCUUGCUUUAUAUCUAUAUCAUAUGCAAAAAUGCAUAUGCGUGUAAGAAGAAUAAUUCUCUAAAACAAAUUCAACUGAGAGCAGCUGAUGCGUAUAUUCUAAAAAUUUUGAUAGAGCACAAUAAUUCUUUGUGAUACAUUUAUCGAAAAUGAAUGUCUUCUGGAAACUCAUGUGCAUCCUUUUUGACCUGGUGGCGCGUUUUCAUAACAUGUUCUAUACACAUUUAAAAAAAUGGAAAUCAGGCAUUUCGAAAUUGCAUAAUUGAAAAAUACAGCGCAAGCAAAUUCAUACCGGCGCCUACAAAAACAAUUCUUCAAAAUUGCGCGCAUCAAUAUUUUGGUCUUGGUUUGUGCUGUUGUGUAUAUCUCUUAUCGUAGAUGAAAAACAGGCGACACUGCAGAAGCAGUUUAAACUUUCUUUAGUUCAGUUUUGCCGCUACUUUAAAUAUUUCCUAUCAUUGUUUCGUGACCCUUCGUUAGACGCCUGAAGUGAGAGCUUCGCCAUGAGGUUCCGUGCUCGUGAUCGUAUUCCACAGUCAUGUAGAAUAAAAUAACAGCUCCAAAAAGGCAAAACAUUGAAGCACAAAACACUCAAAAUAGGCUGACAAAUCAUCGAUACUUUUUGUUUUAUUUUAGCACAUCUUUUAGCAUUCACGCGCUUCGGCUACAAAAACUC